AUGGCCCUGCGGCCCCUUUUCAGCAACCCAGACCGCGCUGACAGGAACACGACGAUUGUGUUCCUCAACGACGUGGCCAUCUGUCCCGAGGACAUCCUUGAGCUGGCCCUUCAGCGGAGGAACCUGGGCGCCGACAUGACUUGUGCCAUGGACUGGACAUAUGCCGGCCGUGAUCCUACCUUUUACGAUGUGUGGGUCGCCCGCGGAAUCAACGGGGACUCUUUCUUCGAUAUUCCCCCGGAUGGGAACUGGAACUCGGCGUGGAACCUGUUUUGGAACGCGGAGCAUACAGGCUCGCGGUUCCACUCGCGCCGACCUUUUCAGGUUUUCUCAUGCUGGAACGGCGCGACAGCCUUUACGGCUCAACCUCUCCUCGACAACCUCAUCAGAUUCAGGGCGGCCAACGAGACGGCCGGCGAGUGUAACCAGGGCGAGCCGCAGUUGUUUUGCAAGGACAUGUGGUUCCGCGGAUACCGCAAAAUCGCCGUGAUACCCACCAUAAACCUUGAAUACUCGGUCGAGAGGGGGGAGCAAAUCAAGACGGCAAAGGGGUUUGUGUCGGAGCACGUGUCCAAGCAGGACUUGGCAGGCGAUGAGAUUGGCUGGAAGCUGGAGCCCCCAGAAAAGGUCAAGUGUAUGCCGACCUGGGAGAAGCAGUUUUGGCAGCUGUGGAACGAGACGCUAUAA